AUGGCCAGCCAAAGCGUGACCGAGACAUCGCCGCUGCUCGCACAGGCACCACCGGACGUGGAAACAAGAUACCGCAACAGCCGUGCUCUCGUGCUUGCCGCGUGGCUCACAGCCGUCAAUGUGGCAAUAAGUUUCUCUACUACACAAGUCGCGCUUGUCUAUGUGAUCGAACAAUUCUGUUGCGAGGACUAUUACAAGACACACUCGGGUGAUCCCUCGGACCCAAACCGCUGUCAUGUCCCAGCAAUCGAGGCGCGGGCUGCACGAGAGUUUGCGCUGGUAGCCACCGGCACGACGGUCUUCGGAGUGUGCAACCUGUUCUUCACCGGUUGGACUAUCAAACGCUUCGGCGUCAAAACUGCUCUAAUCCUAUCGGUCUUCUGGCCAGCCGUGCGUGUCCUUGUGCAAGCUAUUGGCGUCGAGAUCGGUGCCGGUUUGGGCAUCAUUAUCAUCCAAUUAUCGCAGAUCAUUACGAUUGCGGGGGGGCCUGUUGGGUACACCCUAGCUCUCAAUGUUUACUCGAGCUCUAUUGUUGAACCGCAUCAGAGGACAAGUACCCUCGGAAGGCUAUCAGGCGGACCCAUGCUAGGUCAGGCGAUUGGUUUCUUGUUGGGCGGUUUUCUGAGUGACAGCGCGGGCUUAAAAGCACCCUUCCACGUCGCGAUUGGGCUGUUCCUUCUAUCGUGCCUCUACAUAUUCAUAUUCCUACCGUCGGUGGAGGGCGAAGUCCCGACCCGGGAUAAGAAGCGGAUCAAUUCGCUUUCAGCAUUCCUCGCUCCACUCAAGCUGUACAUCCCAUCAAAGUGGAUUACCCAGGAUGGCCGUACACACACGGAAUGGGGUGUCCUGCUUCUGGGUACAGGCGCAUUCCUCGGUGUGCUGGCCACUGGAUAUAUCCCGACAUUGUUACAAUUGUUCUCAAUGAAUGUUCUACACUUCAAGCCUACAGAGAACGGUUGGCUGAUUUCGCUCAAUUGUGCAGUCCGAGGCAUCUUUCUGACCUUCAUCUUCCCGCACAUCAUUGACAUCGGUAGGAAGUGGUUUGAUAAAAAGCGCAAGAGAGAUCAGACACUGGAGACAGAAGAGGCACCUAAUCAAAUCGUGGACUCAUCUAUAUCCUCACCGGUGCCGGCACCCACUGAGAUCAUCGGACAACCCACAACCACCCAGUCGCCUUCUAAAGUCACUGAAGCGGAAGGACCGUUCCAUUUCGAUCUCCUGUUCGUGACAUGGAGCAUAUUGAUAGAUGGCGUCUUGACGGGAUUCGCUCAUCUCGUUACUCAAGGCUGGCAAUUAUAUCUCCUUGCAGUCAUAUUGCCCUUUGCGUCUGGCACUGGUCCGGCUGCAAAGGGCACUAUUUUACAAAUGUGCUCACCGUCACAAAGAGUCGAUGCAUUGAGUGCAAUCAGUCUCGUAGAGCAGCUCGCUAAGCUCGUAACGAUUGGUGUUUUCGGCGCCCUCUUUGCUGCGUUUGCAACAAUUGGGCGAGCCGAACUAACAUUUCUCUGCAAUGCUGGAGUUGCCUUGCUCGCAUUUCUCGUUCUCCUUUUUGCUCGUUAUCCUCCCGAAGGUAGCCGCCGCGUUGCCGAAUUGGACGAUGCACAAACUGCGGAGCAGGCAUGA